AUGGAAAACAGGGUUCACUCAGGAACCAACAACUUUCCCAAGAAACUCAGCUUCCACAGAAACCUCGCAACCUCCUGCGAGCUCCCGCACAACAGGGCAAACUGGGUCCAACCUGAGGCCCCUACAGCCUCCAGCAGCAGCUCGACUUCAACGCAAGGCUCUCGAGCCACAGGGUCCUUCCCAGGAACUGUCUUCACUCUGGAAGCUACGACCGUCUCUGGCAGCCCCACGUCCCCAGAAACCACGGAAUCUCCGAUCUCUCCAAGCAGCUCAGUUUCCCCAGCAACGGCCCUGCCUGCAGAGACGCCCUUCACUUCGGUCCUGAGUGAAGCGCCAACCACCUCCCGAAGCCAGCACACUUCAACAGGUGGAACUCAGACCACCGAGCCGUCCAAAACAACAGUCUCCAAUCAGGAAUCUACAACCUUCCCAACAAACUCAGUUUCCGCGGUACCCACUGGAACUCCGGAGACCUCCUACCCUACACCCCCCAGAGAAGAACCCACCACGUUCCCCAGUGGCCCGGUGUCUACCCAAGCAACGCAAGCAACUGACACAGCCCGGACAACAGUCUUCAGUCACGGGUCUACAGCUCCCCAGAGCAACUCCAUUUCCACACAAACUGCUUCUGUACCCCCUGAGAGCCUCCUCACCACAGUCCAACCUGAGGCCCCUACAGCCUCCAGCAGCAGCUCGACUUCAACGCAAGGCUCUCGAGCCACAGGGUCCUUCCCAGGAACUGUCUUCACUCUGGAAGCUACGACCGUCUCUGGCAGCCCCACGUCCCCAGAAACCACGGUACCGGCUGAAACUGCUCACCCCACAGCCCGAUCUGAAGCACCUACAGCCUCCCAAGGCGGCCCAGUUUCCUCAGAAGCCGCUCCCACGACUCAGACCUCCCCGACAACAACGGUCUUCGCUCAGCAAUCUACAGUCUUGCCAGCCACAGCCAGCACAAUGCCCGCAGAAACAGCUGGGACUCCUGGGACCUCCUACACCUCAGCUGUCACUGAGGAGUCUGCAGCCUCCCCACGUGGCCCAACGUCCACACAGACAACUCAGGCACCUGAGACAUCACCAAGAGUUUUCACUCAGGCAUCCACAGUCUUCACAGCCCCCUCAAGUUCACCAGAAACCGCGGCAGCUUCCGAGGUCGCCCACACCUCAGCCGUGAGUGAGGCAUCUACAGUAUCCUCCAGGACCCCGAGGACAACACAUGCCACCCAGCCAAGCGAAACCUCCGCAACAGGGCUCACUCACAAGUCUACAACCUGGUCGGGCAGCUCCGCGUCCCCAGACACUGCUGUACCUCCCGCCGUCACCCACACAGCAGCGCUGAAUGAGGCGUCUACCACAUCCCUGCGCAGCGCCAUAUCCACACAAACAGCUCCAGCUCCAGAGAACUCUGGAACAACCCUUCACACUCAGGAACCUACCACAUCCCUAAGCGGCCCAGUGUCCACAGGAACAGCCGGACCCCCUGGGACCUCCUCCACCGCAGCUGUGAAGGAGCCAUCUACAGCCUACACCAGGACCCCGGUUUCAACACUUGCAACUCAACCAGCUGAGUCACGGGGCACGGUGUUCACCCAGGAAUCAACACCCUCCCCAACCGGCUCAAUUUCCACAGGGACGCUGGUCCCUCCUGAGACCCCAGAAGAACCCACCACGUUCCCCAGUGGCCCGGUGUCUACCCAAGCAACGCAAGCAACUGACACAGCCCGGACAACAGUCUUCAGUCACGGGUCUACAGCUCCCCAGAGCAACUCCAUUUCCACACAAACUGCUUCUGUACCCCCUGAGAGCCUCCUCACCACAGUCCAACCUGAGGCCCCUACAGCCUCCAGCAGCAGCUCGACUUCAACGCAAGGCUCUCGAGCCACAGGGUCCUUCCCAGGAACUGUCUUCACUCUGGAAGCUACGACCGUCUCUGGCAGCCCCACGUCCCCAGAAACCACGGUACCGGCUGAAACUGCUCACCCCACAGCCCGAUCUGAAGCACCUACAGCCUCCCAAGGCGGCCCAGUUUCCUCAGAAGCCGCUCCCACGACUCAGACCUCCCCGACAACAACGGUCUUCGCUCAGCAAUCUACAGUCUUGCCAGCCACAGCCAGCACAAUGCCCGCAGAAACAGCUGGGACUCCUGGGACCUCCUACACCUCAGCUGUCACUGAGGAGUCUGCAGCCUCCCCACGUGGCCCAACGUCCACACAGACAACUCAGGCACCUGAGACAUCACCAAGAGUUUUCACUCAGGCAUCCACAGUCUUCACAGCCCCCUCAAGUUCACCAGAAACCGCGGCAGCUUCCGAGGUCGCCCACACCUCAGCCGAAUCUCCGAUCUCUCCAAGCAGCUCAGUUUCCCCAGCAACGGCCCUGCCUGCUGAGACGCCCUUCACUUCGGUCCUGAGUGAAGCGCCAACCACCUCCCGAAGCCAGCACACUUCAACAGGUGGAACUCAGACCACCGAGCCGUCCAAAACAACAGUCUCCAAUCAGGAAUCUACAACCUUCCCAACAAACUCAGUUUCCGCGGUACCCACUGGAACUCCGGAGACCUCCUACCCUACACCCCCCAGAGAAGAACCCACCACGUUCCCCAGUGGCCCGGUGUCUACCCAAGCAACGCAAGCAACUGACACAGCCCGGACAACAGUCUUCAGUCACGGGUCUACAGCUCCCCAGAGCAACUCCAUUUCCACACAAACUGCUUCUGUACCCCCUGAGAGCCUCCUCACCACAGUCCAACCUGAGGCCCCUACAGCCUCCAGCAGCAGCUCGACUUCAACGCAAGGCUCUCGAGCCACAGGGUCCUUCCCAGGAACUGUCUUCACUCUGGAAGCUACGACCGUCUCUGGCAGCCCCACGUCCCCAGAAACCACGGUACCGGCUGAAACUGCUCACCCCACAGCCCGAUCUGAAGCACCUACAGCCUCCCAAGGCGGCCCAGUUUCCUCAGAAGCCGCUCCCACGACUCAGACCUCCCCGACAACAACGGUCUUCGCUCAGCAAUCUACAGUCUUGCCAGCCACAGCCAGCACAAUGCCCGCAGAAACAGCUGGGACUCCUGGGACCUCCUACACCUCAGCUGUCACUGAGGAGUCUGCAGCCUCCCCACGUGGCCCAACGUCCACACAGACAACUCAGGCACCUGAGACAUCACCAAGAGUUUUCACUCAGGCAUCCACAGUCUUCACAGCCCCCUCAAGUUCACCAGAAACCGCGGCAGCUUCCGAGGUCGCCUACACCUCAGCCGUGAGUGAGGCAUCUACAGUAUCCUCCAGGACCCCGAGGACAACACAUGCCACCCAGCCAAGCGAAACCUCCGCAACAGGGCUCACUCACAAGUCUACAACCUGGUCGGGCAGCUCCGCGUCCCCAGACACUGCUGUACCUCCCGCCGUCACCCACACAGCAGCGCUGACUGAGGCGUCUACCACAUCCCUGCGCAGCGCCAUAUCCACACAAACAGCUCCAGCUCCAGAGAACUCUGGAACAACCCUUCACACUCAGGAACCUACCACAUCCCUAAGCGGCCCAGUGUCCACAGGAACAGCCGGACCCCCUGGGACCUCCUCCACCGCAGCUGUGAAGGAGCCAUCUACAGCCUACACCAGGACCCCGGUUUCAACACUUGCAACUCAACCAGCUGAGUCACGGGGCACGGUGUUCACCCAGGAAUCAACACCCUCCCCAACCGGCUCAAUUUCCACAGGGACGCUGGUCCCUCCUGAGACCCCGUAUACUUCAAGAUUAAGGGAGGCCUCUACCACACACCCACGGACCCCAGUAUCAGCCCAGGCCACUCAGGCGGCUCAAACGUGGAAAACAGGGUUCACUCAGGAACCAACAACUUUCCCAAGAAACUCAGCUUCCACAGAAACCUCGCAACCUCCUGCGAGCUCCCGCACAACAGGGCAAACUGGGGUACCUACAACCUCCCCAAGCAGCUCAGUUUCAACACAUGCAACCCAGCCAAGGGAAACCUCCCAAACAGAGUUCACACAGGAGUCUACGACCUCCACGGACAGCUCAGGUUCCCCAGAAACAGUCGUCCCUCCCGACACCUCGCGCUCCACAGCUCUGCCUGAGGUAUCCACAACCUCCCCAAGAAGCACAACCUCCACCGAUUCACCUCAACCCUCCGGUACCUUGCAAACCGCCGUCUCCACUCAGGAAUCUCCGAUCUCUCCAAGCAGCUCAGUUUCCCCAGCAACGGCCCUGCCUGCUGAGACGCCCUUCACUUCGGUCCUGAGUGAAGCGCCAACCACCUCCCGAAGCCAGCACACUUCAACAGGUGGAACUCAGACCACCGAGCCGUCCAAAACAACAGUCUCCAAUCAGGAAUCUACAACCUUCCCAACAAACUCAGUUUCCGCGGUACCCACUGGAACUCCGGAGACCUCCUACCCUACACCCCCCAGAGAAGAACCCACCACGUUCCCCAGUGGCCCGGUGUCUACCCAAGCAACGCAAGCAACUGACACAGCCCGGACAACAGUCUUCAGUCACGGGUCUACAGCUCCCCAGAGCAACUCCAUUUCCACACAAACUGCUUCUGUACCCCCUGAGAGCCUCCUCACCACAGUCCAACCUGAGGCCCCUACAGCCUCCAGCAGCAGCUCGACUUCAACGCAAGGCUCUCGAGCCACAGGGUCCUUCCCAGGAACUGUCUUCACUCUGGAAGCUACGACCGUCUCUGGCAGCCCCACGUCCCCAGAAACCACGGUACCGGCUGAAACUGCUCACCCCACAGCCCGAUCUGAAGCACCUACAGCCUCCCAAGGCGGCCCAGUUUCCUCAGAAGCCGCUCCCACGACUCAGACCUCCCCGACAACAACGGUCUUCGCUCAGCAAUCUACAGUCUUGCCAGCCACAGCCAGCACAAUGCCCGCAGAAACAGCUGGGACUCCUGGGACCUCCUACACCUCAGCUGUCACUGAGGAGUCUGCAGCCUCCCCACGUGGCCCAACGUCCACACAGACAACUCAGGCACCUGAGACAUCACCAAGAGUUUUCACUCAGGCAUCCACAGUCUUCACAGCCCCCUCAAGUUCACCAGAAACCGCGGCAGCUUCCGAGGUCGCCCACACCUCAGCCGUGAGUGAGGCAUCUACAGUAUCCUCCAGGACCCCGAGGACAACACAUGCCACCCAGCCAAGCGAAACCUCCGCAACAGGGCUCACUCACAAGUCUACAACCUGGUCGGGCAGCUCCGCGUCCCCAGACACUGCUGUACCUCCCGCCGUCACCCACACAGCAGCGCUGACUGAGGCGUCUACCACAUCCCUGCGCAGCGCCAUAUCCACACAAACAGCUCCAGCUCCAGAGAACUCUGGAACAACCCUUCACACUCAGGAACCUACCACAUCCCUAAGCGGCCCAGUGUCCACAGGAACAGCCGGACCCCCUGGGACCUCCUCCACCGCAGCUGUGAAGGAGCCAUCUACAGCCUACACCAGGACCCCGGUUUCAACACUUGCAACUCAACCAGCUGAGUCACGGGGCACGGUGUUCACCCAGGAAUCAACACCCUCCCCAACCGGCUCAAUUUCCACAGGGACGCUGGUCCCUCCUGAGACCCCAGAAGAACCCACCACGUUCCCCAGUGGCCCGGUGUCUACCCAAGCAACGCAAGCAACUGACACAGCCCGGACAACAGUCUUCAGUCACGGGUCUACAGCUCCCCAGAGCAACUCCAUUUCCACACAAACUGCUUCUGUACCCCCUGAGAGCCUCCUCACCACAGUCCAACCUGAGGCCCCUACAGCCUCCAGCAGCAGCUCGACUUCAACGCAAGGCUCUCGAGCCACAGGGUCCUUCCCAGGAACUGUCUUCACUCUGGAAGCUACGACCGUCUCUGGCAGCCCCACGUCCACAGAAACCACGGUACCGGCUGAAACUGCUCACCCCACAGCCCGAUCUGAAGCACCUACAGCCUCCCAAGGCGGCCCAGUUUCCUCAGAAGCCGCUCCCAUGACUCAGACCUCCCCGACAACAACGGUCUUCGCUCAGCAAUCUACAGUCUUGCCAGCCACAGCCAGCACAAUGCCCGCAGAAACAGCUGGGACUCCUGGGACCUCCUACACCUCAGCUGUCACUGAGGAGUCUGCAGCCUCCCCACGUGGCCCAACGUCCACACAGACAACUCAGGCACCUGAGACAUCACCAAGAGUUUUCACUCAGGCAUCCACAGUCUUCACAGCCCCCUCAAGUUCACCAGAAACCGCGGCAGCUUCCGAGGUCGCCUACACCUCAGCCGUGAUCCAACCUGAGGCCCCUACAGCCUCCAGCAGCAGCUCGACUUCAACGCAAGGCUCUCGAGCCACAGGGUCCUUCCCAGGAACUGUCUUCACUCUGGAAGCUACGACCGUCUCUGGCAGCCCCACGUCCACAGAAACCACGGAAUCUCCGAUCUCUCCAAGCAGCUCAGUUUCCCCAGCAACGGCCCUGCCUGCUGAGACGCCCUUCACUUCGGUCCUGAGUGAAGCGCCAACCACCUCCCGAAGCCAGCACACUUCAACAGGUGGAUCUCAGACCACCGAGCCGUCCAAAACAACAGUCUCCAAUCAGGAAUCUACAACCUUCCCAACAAACUCAGUUUCCGCGGUACCCACUGGAACUCCGGAGACCUCCUACCCUACACCCCCCAGAGAAGAACCCACCACGUUCCCCAGUGGCCCGGUGUCUACCCAAGCAACGCAAGCAACUGACACAGCCCGGACAACAGUCUUCAGUCACGGGUCUACAGCUCCCCAGAGCAACUCCAUUUCCACACAAACUGCUUCUGUACCCCCUGAGAGCCUCCUCACCACAGUCCAACCUGAGGCCCCUACAGCCUCCAGCAGCAGCUCGACUUCAACGCAAGGCUCUCGAGCCACAGGGUCCUUCCCAGGAACUGUCUUCACUCUGGAAGCUACGACCGUCUCUGGCAGCCCCACGUCCACAGAAACCACGGUACCGGCUGAAACUGCUCACCCCACAGCCCGAUCUGAAGCACCUACAGCCUCCCAAGGCGGCCCAGUUUCCUCAGAAGCCGCUCCCACGACUCAGACCUCCCCGACAACAACGGUCUUCGCUCAGCAAUCUACAGUCUUGCCAGCCACAGCCAGCACAAUGCCCGCAGAAACAGCUGGGACUCCUGGGACCUCCUACACCUCAGCUGUCACUGAGGAGUCUGCAGCCUCCCCACGUGGCCCAACGUCCACACAGACAACUCAGGCACCUGAGACAUCACCAAGAGUUUUCACUCAGGCAUCCACAGUCUUCACAGCCCCCUCAAGUUCACCAGAAACCGCGGCAGCUUCCGAGGUCGCCCACACCUCAGCCGAAUCUCCGAUCUCUCCAAGCAGCUCAGUUUCCCCAGCAACGGCCCUGCCUGCUGAGACGCCCUUCACUUCGGUCCUGAGUGAAGCGCCAACCACCUCCCGAAGCCAGCACACUUCAACAGGUGGAUCUCAGACCACCGAGCCGUCCAAAACAACAGUCUCCAAUCAGGAAUCUACAACCUUCCCAACAAACUCAGUUUCCGCGGUACCCACUGGAACUCCGGAGACCUCCUACCCUACACCCCCCAGAGAAGAACCCACCACGUUCCCCAGUGGCCCGGUGUCUACCCAAGCAACGCAAGCAACUGACACAGCCCGGACAACAGUCUUCAGUCACGGGUCUACAGCUCCCCAGAGCAACUCCAUUUCCACACAAACUGCUUCUGUACCCCCUGAGAGCCUCCUCACCACAGUCCAACCUGAGGCCCCUACAGCCUCCAGCAGCAGCUCGACUUCAACGCAAGGCUCUCGAGCCACAGGGUCCUUCCCAGGAACUGUCUUCACUCUGGAAGCUACGACCGUCUCUGGCAGCCCCACGUCCACAGAAACCACGGUACCGGCUGAAACUGCUCACCCCACAGCCCGAUCUGAAGCACCUACAGCCUCCCAAGGCGGCCCAGUUUCCUCAGAAGCCGCUCCCACGACUCAGACCUCCCCGACAACAACGGUCUUCGCUCAGCAAUCUACAGUCUUGCCAGCCACAGCCAGCACAAUGCCCGCAGAAACAGCUGGGACUCCUGGGACCUCCUACACCUCAGCUGUCACUGAGGAGUCUGCAGCCUCCCCACGUGGCCCAACGUCCACACAGACAACUCAGGCACCUGAGACAUCACCAAGAGUUUUCACUCAGGCAUCCACAGUCUUCACAGCCCCCUCAAGUUCACCAGAAACCGCGGCAGCUUCCGAGGUCGCCCACACCUCAGCCGAAUCUCCGAUCUCUCCAAGCAGCUCAGUUUCCCCAGCAACGGCCCUGCCUGCUGAGACGCCCUUCACUUCGGUCCUGAGUGAAGCGCCAACCACCUCCCGAAGCCAGCACACUUCAACAGGUGGAUCUCAGACCACCGAGCCGUCCAAAACAACAGUCUCCAAUCAGGAAUCUACAACCUUCCCAACAAACUCAGUUUCCGCGGUACCCACUGGAACUCCGGAGACCUCCUACCCUACACCCCCCAGAGAAGAACCCACCACGUUCCCCAGUGGCCCGGUGUCUACCCAAGCAACGCAAGCAACUGACACAGCCCGGACAACAGUCUUCAGUCACGGGUCUACAGCUCCCCAGAGCAACUCCAUUUCCACACAAACUGCUUCUGUACCCCCUGAGAGCCUCCUCACCACAGUCCAACCUGAGGCCCCUACAGCCUCCAGCAGCAGCUCGACUUCAACGCAAGGCUCUCGAGCCACAGGGUCCUUCCCAGGAACUGUCUUCACUCUGGAAGCUACGACCGUCUCUGGCAGCCCCACGUCCACAGAAACCACGGUACCGGCUGAAACUGCUCACCCCACAGCCCGAUCUGAAGCACCUACAGCCUCCCAAGGCGGCCCAGUUUCCUCAGAAGCCGCUCCCACGACUCAGACCUCCCCGACAACAACGGUCUUCGCUCAGCAAUCUACAGUCUUGCCAGCCACAGCCAGCACAAUGCCCGCAGAAACAGCUGGGACUCCUGGGACCUCCUACACCUCAGCUGUCACUGAGGAGUCUGCAGCCUCCCCACGUGGCCCAACGUCCACACAGACAACUCAGGCACCUGAGACAUCACCAAGAGUUUUCACUCAGGCAUCCACAGUCUUCACAGCCCCCUCAAGUUCACCAGAAACCGCGGCAGCUUCCGAGGUCGCCCACACCUCAGCCGAAUCUCCGAUCUCUCCAAGCAGCUCAGUUUCCCCAGCAACGGCCCUGCCUGCUGAGACGCCCUUCACUUCGGUCCUGAGUGAAGCGCCAACCACCUCCCGAAGCCAGCACACUUCAACAGGUGGAUCUCAGACCACCGAGCCGUCCAAAACAACAGUCUCCAAUCAGGAAUCUACAACCUUCCCAACAAACUCAGUUUCCGCGGUACCCACUGGAACUCCGGAGACCUCCUACCCUACACCCCCCAGAGAAGAACCCACCACGUUCCCCAGUGGCCCGGUGUCUACCCAAGCAACGCAAGCAACUGACACAGCCCGGACAACAGUCUUCAGUCACGGGUCUACAGCUCCCCAGAGCAACUCCAUUUCCACACAAACUGCUUCUGUACCCCCUGAGAGCCUCCUCACCACAGUCCAACCUGAGGCCCCUACAGCCUCCAGCAGCAGCUCGACUUCAACGCAAGGCUCUCGAGCCACAGGGUCCUUCCCAGGAACUGUCUUCACUCUGGAAGCUACGACCGUCUCUGGCAGCCCCACGUCCACAGAAACCACGGUACCGGCUGAAACUGCUCACCCCACAGCCCGAUCUGAAGCACCUACAGCCUCCCAAGGCGGCCCAGUUUCCUCAGAAGCCGCUCCCACGACUCAGACCUCCCCGACAACAACGGUCUUCGCUCAGCAAUCUACAGUCUUGCCAGCCACAGCCAGCACAAUGCCCGCAGAAACAGCUGGGACUCCUGGGACCUCCUACACCUCAGCUGUCACUGAGGAGUCUGCAGCCUCCCCACGUGGCCCAACGUCCACACAGACAACUCAGGCACCUGAGACAUCACCAAGAGUUUUCACUCAGGCAUCCACAGUCUUCACAGCCCCCUCAAGUUCACCAGAAACCGCGGCAGCUUCCGAGGUCGCCCACACCUCAGCCGAAUCUCCGAUCUCUCCAAGCAGCUCAGUUUCCCCAGCAACGGCCCUGCCUGCUGAGACGCCCUUCACUUCGGUCCUGAGUGAAGCGCCAACCACCUCCCGAAGCCAGCACACUUCAACAGGUGGAUCUCAGACCACCGAGCCGUCCAAAACAACAGUCUCCAAUCAGGAAUCUACAACCUUCCCAACAAACUCAGUUUCCGCGGUACCCACUGGAACUCCGGAGACCUCCUACCCUACACCCCCCAGAGAAGAACCCACCACGUUCCCCAGUGGCCCGGUGUCUACCCAAGCAACGCAAGCAACUGACACAGCCCGGACAACAGUCUUCAGUCACGGGUCUACAGCUCCCCAGAGCAACUCCAUUUCCACACAAACUGCUUCUGUACCCCCUGAGAGCCUCCUCACCACAGUCCAACCUGAGGCCCCUACAGCCUCCAGCAGCAGCUCGACUUCAACGCAAGGCUCUCGAGCCACAGGGUCCUUCCCAGGAACUGUCUUCACUCUGGAAGCUACGACCGUCUCUGGCAGCCCCACGUCCACAGAAACCACGGUACCGGCUGAAACUGCUCACCCCACAGCCCGAUCUGAAGCACCUACAGCCUCCCAAGGCGGCCCAGUUUCCUCAGAAGCCGCUCCCACGACUCAGACCUCCCCGACAACAACGGUCUUCGCUCAGCAAUCUACAGUCUUGCCAGCCACAGCCAGCACAAUGCCCGCAGAAACAGCUGGGACUCCUGGGACCUCCUACACCUCAGCUGUCACUGAGGAGUCUGCAGCCUCCCCACGUGGCCCAACGUCCACACAGACAACUCAGGCACCUGAGACAUCACCAAGAGUUUUCACUCAGGCAUCCACAGUCUUCACAGCCCCCUCAAGUUCACCAGAAACCGCGGCAGCUUCCGAGGUCGCCCACACCUCAGCCGAAUCUCCGAUCUCUCCAAGCAGCUCAGUUUCCCCAGCAACGGCCCUGCCUGCUGAGACGCCCUUCACUUCGGUCCUGAGUGAAGCGCCAACCACCUCCCGAAGCCAGCACACUUCAACAGGUGGAACUCAGACCACCGAGCCGUCCAAAACAACAGUCUCCAAUCAGGAAUCUACAACCUUCCCAACAAACUCAGUUUCCGCGGUACCCACUGGAACUCCGGAGACCUCCUACCCUACACCCCCCAGAGAAGAACCCACCACGUUCCCCAGUGGCCCGGUGUCUACCCAAGCAACGCAAGCAACUGACACAGCCCGGACAACAGUCUUCAGUCACGGGUCUACAGCUCCCCAGAGCAACUCCAUUUCCACACAAACUGCUUCUGUACCCCCUGAGAGCCUCCUCACCACAGUCCAACCUGAGGCCCCUACAGCCUCCAGCAGCAGCUCGACUUCAACGCAAGGCUCUCGAGCCACAGGGUCCUUCCCAGGAACUGUCUUCACUCUGGAAGCUACGACCGUCUCUGGCAGCCCCACGUCCACAGAAACCACGGUACCGGCUGAAACUGCUCACCCCACAGCCCGAUCUGAAGCACCUACAGCCUCCCAAGGCGGCCCAGUUUCCUCAGAAGCCGCUCCCACGACUCAGACCUCCCCGACAACAACGGUCUUCGCUCAGCAAUCUACAGUCUUGCCAGCCACAGCCAGCACAAUGCCCGCAGAAACAGCUGGGACUCCUGGGACCUCCUACACCUCAGCUGUCACUGAGGAGUCUGCAGCCUCCCCACGUGGCCCAACGUCCACACAGACAACUCAGGCACCUGAGACAUCACCAAGAGUUUUCACUCAGGCAUCCACAGUCUUCACAGCCCCCUCAAGUUCACCAGAAACCGCGGCAGCUUCCGAGGUCGCCCACACCUCAGCCGAAUCUCCGAUCUCUCCAAGCAGCUCAGUUUCCCCAGCAACGGCCCUGCCUGCUGAGACGCCCUUCACUUCGGUCCUGAGUGAAGCGCCAACCACCUCCCGAAGCCAGCACACUUCAACAGGUGGAACUCAGACCACCGAGCCGUCCAAAACAACAGUCUCCAAUCAGGAAUCUACAACCUUCCCAACAAACUCAGUUUCCGCGGUACCCACUGGAACUCCGGAGACCUCCUACCCUACACCCCCCAGAGAAGAACCCACCACGUUCCCCAGUGGCCCGGUGUCUACCCAAGCAACGCAAGCAACUGACACAGCCCGGACAACAGUCUUCAGUCACGGGUCUACAGCUCCCCAGAGCAACUCCAUUUCCACACAAACUGCUUCUGUACCCCCUGAGAGCCUCCUCACCACAGUCCAACCUGAGGCCCCUACAGCCUCCAGCAGCAGCUCGACUUCAACGCAAGGCUCUCGAGCCACAGGGUCCUUCCCAGGAACUGUCUUCACUCUGGAAGCUACGACCGUCUCUGGCAGCCCCACGUCCCCAGAAACCACGGUACCGGCUGAAACUGCUCACCCCACAGCCCGAUCUGAAGCACCUACAGCCUCCCAAGGCGGCCCAGUUUCCUCAGAAGCCGCUCCCACGACUCAGACCUCCCCGACAACAACGGUCUUCGCUCAGCAAUCUACAGUCUUGCCAGCCACAGCCAGCACAAUGCCCGCAGAAACAGCUGGGACUCCUGGGACCUCCUACACCUCAGCUGUCACUGAGGAGUCUGCAGCCUCCCCACGUGGCCCAACGUCCACACAGACAACUCAGGCACCUGAGACAUCACCAAGAGUUUUCACUCAGGCAUCCACAGUCUUCACAGCCCCCUCAAGUUCACCAGAAACCGCGGCAGCUUCCGAGGUCGCCCACACCUCAGCCGAAUCUCCGAUCUCUCCAAGCAGCUCAGUUUCCCCAGCAACGGCCCUGCCUGCUGAGACGCCCUUCACUUCGGUCCUGAGUGAAGCGCCAACCACCUCCCGAAGCCAGCACACUUCAACAGGUGGAACUCAGACCACCGAGCCGUCCAAAACAACAGUCUCCAAUCAGGAAUCUACAACCUUCCCAACAAACUCAGUUUCCGCGGUACCCACUGGAACUCCGGAGACCUCCUACCCUACACCCCCCAGAGAAGAACCCACCACGUUCCCCAGUGGCCCGGUGUCUACCCAAGCAACGCAAGCAACUGACACAGCCCGGACAACAGUCUUCAGUCACGGGUCUACAGCUCCCCAGAGCAACUCCAUUUCCACACAAACUGCUUCUGUACCCCCUGAGAGCCUCCUCACCACAGUCCAACCUGAGGCCCCUACAGCCUCCAGCAGCAGCUCGACUUCAACGCAAGGCUCUCGAGCCACAGGGUCCUUCCCAGGAACUGUCUUCACUCUGGAAGCUACGACCGUCUCUGGCAGCCCCGCGUCCCCAGAAACCACGGUACCGGCUGAAACUGCUCACCCCACAGCCCGAUCUGAAGCACCUACAGCCUCCCAAGGCGGCCCAGUUUCCUCAGAAGCCGCUCCCACGACUCAGACCUCCCCGACAACAACGGUCUUCGCUCAGCAAUCUACAGUCUUGCCAGCCACAGCCAGCACAAUGCCCGCAGAAACAGCUGGGACUCCUGGGACCUCCUACACCUCAGCUGUCACUGAGGAGUCUGCAGCCUCCCCACGUGGCCCAACGUCCACACAGACAACUCAGGCACCUGAGACAUCACCAAGAGUUUUCACUCAGGCAUCCACAGUCUUCACAGCCCCCUCAAGUUCACCAGAAACCGCGGCAGCUUCCGAGGUCGCCUACACCUCAGCCGUGAUGUUUGACUCUUCAGCCCAGACAAGCCCCCCUAGCUCUUCUCCUCCAUCCUCUACCUCCAUCCACUCCCCUUCUAGCAGCAACCCUGUGUUCAGCAGCUCUACUUCUCGCCCCCCCUUUCCCAGCGUAUACCCUACUUCCAUGAGGACUCAGGCCAUCACUUUGCCAUCACAGGACUGCAACAACGGGAGAUGGAACGGAAGCCAGUGUGAAUGCAAGCCGGGCUACACUGGGCAGCUCUGCGACACCAUCCUGUAUUCCUUCCCAAUAGAUAUCCCAAAUGUUGUCAACGCUACCGUGAGCAUGACAGUAAAGGUGACCGACCGGAACUUCUCAGAUGACCUGAAGAACACAUCCUCCCAGGCCUACAAGGACUUCAUCAAACUCUUCCUGAGCCAGAUGGAUAAAAUUUACGAGGGUCAUGACCUUCCCGAGUACAAAGAAGUGAUCAUCAAAGAACUGCUCAAUGGCAGCAUCGUGGUGAAAAGUGAGGUGGUUCUGGAGGCGAACUACACCCCCGAGUACCAGACACUGUUCAGCAACCUCACCAGGAUCGUGAGAGCCAAGAUCAUGAAUGCGACUAGAGCCAAUGAGACUGACAGGUCCUUGUGUCAAAAUGCCAAACUGUGCUACAAUUCUAACUUCACCACUGUGCACACGGAGACUCUAAAGUUCAGCUUCAACCCCGUGGAGCGUUGCAUGCGGGAGGCUGCCAAGGACUUUGGCCAGUACUUCUACCCAGAGGUUCUCGAGGGAAGACUGACCUGCGUGAAUAAGUGCACUCAGGGGACAAAGUCACAACUCAACUGCAACCUGGGCCAGUGCCAGCUGCUCCGCUCAGGGCCCCGCUGUGUGUGCCCGAACACAGACACCCACUGGUACUGGGGAGAGACUUGCGAGUCUAGAACCAGCAAGAGACUCGUGUACGGACUUGUGGGCACCGUGCUGUCAGUGCUGCUGGUCCUUGUGGUCAUCUUGGCUGUGUUCCUUGGCCGGUCCCAGAAAAAGCUGCACAGGCCAAAAUACGACCUGUCUCAGGCAUGGCAGAGAGAAGCUUUCCCUGGAAUCUUCCGGAGUUCUGGCAUCUGGGAAGGCCAGAAUCUGAAAGAGGAUCAACUAGGCCUGGAGCAAGGGCGCAACCACUUCCAGCCAAACCUGCAGUAUGUGGACCCCAACACUGAGCUCAACUUUCAGAGGCCCGAGGUGGUGAAAUCAGCAGCCCCGUGA